UAAUUAAGAUAUCAUAUAAAACCAAGGACAAUAUCAUCGCUUUUUAAUAAUAAUAACAACAGCAUCUAUGAAAAUUGUUAAAUAUUGUUAAGAAACUAUAAUUACAAAAUUGUGGAAACGUGAUUACGAACUCUAGGAUAAUAAAAGGAAAAAUGGAGUUUUCAAGUUCUGAUGAUAAUAAUGGUGACUACUGUGCAAUAUGCUUUGAAAACUACACGAAAGCCGAGAUAUUACCAUGUAAACACAGAUUCUGUAAGGAUCCAUGCUUUACAAACUUGCUGAAAAGGUCGCAAGGAGAUAUAUUGAGAUGCCCUUUAUGUCGACAAAGUUAUAAAAUUGAGUCGAGGAGCCUGAUUAACAAAACAGGGAUAUUGCGCGUGCAUGAGAGUGUUGCUCAUCUUGAGGAAACUAUAGUGACUAUUUCACAGAUGGUCCAAGAUAAAAAUGAAUCAUGUUCAUCAAAAUACAAAUCAAAAGGCGAGUCCAGGCUCAAGUUUUCUUUAAGUUCCAUUAAAGAAAGUGACUGUUUUAGAUGCCUUGUCAACUUGUCCGUUAUAGUUUUGUUCAUUCAUUGUUUGUUUGUUGGCUUAGGAAGGAUCACUGCAGGAUUUUAUCAAAUCGAAAAAACUUCCCAAUUAGAAGAUGUCCUUGUCAGUGUUGCUAUAUUUCAAAUUGCUGAAGGAUUUCUUAAUAGCAUUAUCAUCACAACACUCUUGCUUGGAAACAAUGUACGACGGAAAUGUUUUCCUGUGUUGGUAUUAGUUUCCGUCAUUUGUCUGACGUACGGCUCUACGACACUAUGGACUGUUAGCAGCAACAACAUAUUUGUAUUGGUGUCCAGAUAUUAUUCAGUAUUUGAUUGGGUUAUGAUCGUGUAUCAAAUCGUAUUUGGAUAUUAUAUGAUUGAUUGAUGCUGAUUAUGACAGUGCUACAUGAUACCACAAAUGAACAAUGAGCGGUCAUGCCAGGAAACAGAAAGUAAUAUAGGAAAAGUCAACAAGUUCCAAAAUGACUGUUGCAAUACCGAUGACAGUGGCUGAAUAAAGAACUGUUUAGGUUGUUAAAUUAUAUGCAUGAAAUCAACUCAUUUAUCAUGAUCUAAGAAACUAAGAAAAGCAAAAUAAACGAAUACUUUAAAAUCAUGUGUUGUGUAUCAGUUUAUUGUGCUAAGAUAGUUACAAGAGAUGUUUAAUACUUUACCAUUUAAGUAAUUUUUCGUAAUUAAGCUUAAUUAACUGAUAUCUGUUGUUGUUCCAAAACUUUUAUACAUGUCUAAUUUAGCGUUCAUUUGUAUUGCCAAAGUAUGUCAGUUAUUCAAUUAUGUAAGUUUGUGAAAGAUGUAAUGCCCGAUUUUCAUUUUUAUCAGCUUUGAGAAUGCAUUUAAAACACUGUGUGUAUUUAAACUUUGUUGUCAAAAAUGAUUAUUAUUUUUCA